AGCUCGGCUCCCUCCCCCUCACAGUGCUCUACUCUCUUUACACUGCCUUACUCUUCUCUCUGGUCUUUCACUCAAGAGAGAUACUAAAAAAAACCCAAUGCAAAGGACUCCAAUUUAUAGCUAAAACUUGGAGCCCUGUUCAUGAGCCACGAGAGGCUUAUUUACUGCAAUCCCACGCCUGGGAUUUUCCGGAUGUAGGCGUGCCUUUUGAAGGCUGCCAUGCUAAUCCAAAACCUUGACUUCAAUCACCCAUUCAAAGUGGGGCCAACAAAAUCGACAAAGGUUGCCAAUCUUUAUCCAAUCUUUUGACCAAGGAGAGGAUUUGAGCCACAUAUUCCUACAAGAAUAACCACCGGCGGUUGUUGGAAGUGAAAUUGCUAGGAUCCCGUGUACCCUAUACAACAGAGAGAGAGAGAGGGGACCAAAAGAGAGAGAGAGAGAGAGAGAGAGAGAGAGGACGACAUCAUCUCUUCUGCAAAAUGAAAAUGAGCCCCAGCAUACAUACACCCAGCUACUACGACUCCUACCCUCCACUCUUGCGCCCAAAUAACAACCCAAUCCACGACCUUAACCAAGACCCGAAUCCUAUACCCGACCCGAAUCCCGACCCAAUACCCGUUAUCGACUUCCAAAACAUACACAACGACGCCAUAUCGGAAGCAUGCCGGAAUUGGGGCGUAUUCCGUUUGGUAAACCACGGGAUACCGGACGCACUCCUGAACCAACUCCGCGGCCGAGCCGAAGAGGCGUUCUCUCUCCCCUUCGAUUCCAAACACGCCCUUAAGUCGUGCGCUGCCAUGGCCUACUUUUGGGGCACCCCUGCCCUUACGCCUACCGGGGAGACCGUAGAGAGGGGUCCCACCCCCCCGGCGGACGUGAAGUGGUUCGAAGGGUUCAAUGUUCUUUUGAAUCAGCAGUCCCAGCAGCUUCAAGUUGAAGAUCCUGUGCUUGACAAUUUCAGACUCGUGCUGGAUGAGUACGGAAGGCACCAAUCGAGACUAGCAACAACGAUUUUCAAAGCCAUGGCAGAGGACCUCAACCUGGAUCAAAACCUAUACGAGUCGUAUCUCUCUCCGUCGACUGCAUCCAUGCGCAUCUACCGUUACCUAAAGUGCCCGCUCCCUAUGUGGGGCCUCGAUGCCCACACAGACAGCUCAGUACUUACUAUACUAACCCAUGAUGAAGUUGAAGGGUUUCAAGUCUGCAAAGGAGACGAUGAAUGGAUCGAUGUCGAACCUAUUCCCAACACGCUAGUUCUUAUCCUCGGAGAUUUGAUCCAGGCAAUGAGCGAUGACAAGUACAAGAGCGUGAAGCAUAGAGUGAAGGCAAACAAGUACAAGGAGCGACUCUCGGUUGGCUACUUCGUGUUCUCAGCCAUAGAUGCUGUGAUCCAGAGCUCAAAGUACAAGCCAUUUACCUAUGCCGAUUUCCGUGCAGGAGUCCAACAUGACUUGAAGACCAUUGGGUACAAAAAAGUUGGGCUGGGCCACUUCAAGCUUACCCACGCCUCUCCUUAGUCGUACCCAUUUGAAAAGGUUGUAUUUGAAGAUGUUUUGUUUGGUGAAAUCAUUAGUCAGUUUGUGUACACCGUUGGUCAUCAUGCCACAAAGGCAAUAUCUAUUACUACGUCACUAAGGCAAAUCAAAGUCGAGUUCCAGCACCCGAUACCAGAUUCCUGCAUCUCAAUUCAGCUUCUCAGAAACUGGGUUUCUGUUUUCAGCACCAAAUCCCUUGGAUGUUUCUCAGAUUGAGAACAAGAGAUACUAAGCUAAUUCUGGUGCUAAACUGAUCAUCACUUCAACUCGUACACCACCUGAAUUUCCCUUGUGACUAUGAUCAUUUCCUGGGUUUCCCAGCAUUUGCAAUGAAUUUCGUGGUGUUUACUUGGACUGUUGAAAUGAAACCAGAAUUGUUGGGG